UGCUUGUCAGUUCGGUUUCAGAGGCCUUCUUGCACAGCUGUGUGUGGCAAAGUAGAUACGUGAAACUGUGUGGAGUUUCUCGGGCGAUAAUGCGGUAGGAUGGGGUCGACAGAAAACAAUGCCAGCCCUGGCCCAAUCGCCCUGAAAUGGGUUCAACUGCUUGAGAAGGAGUUCGAUAAGGUUUACAUCGAGUUGGACUCGAUGCUUGGCGACCUAGAGGAAAAACAUCAGCCGUUGUGCUAUCAGGGAAGGGAACGGCUAUCUGCAAUGUGUGCUGCCUUUGGCCAGCUAGUGCACAAAGCGCUCGCCGUCGGCGAGCUAAAUGUGAAACUACAGGCCCAACUAGAUGAGACAAAGGGGCUGCUCUAUUCCGCGGAGUCCGCUCGAGUUGUCGCGGAUAAGGAGGCACGGGCGCUGCUCGCACGGCUUCAGGCUGCACAGCUUGAAGCAUCCCGGCAGAGGAGGGUGUCCUCGGACGGUGAUGCUCAGGCCAUCCAGGCUAAGCUGGAAGAGGAUCUCAAACAGGUGCUGGAGGAGGUUGGCCAGGACGCACGUCAGAGAGCAGAAUUGGUAUUUCUGCGAGCGGAAAAUGAUCGAUUGCGAAAGAUUCUAGCCAAUAACGAGAGUGAACUUGUAGGCGCAAAGCUUGCCGCGAAAUAUCUCGACAAGGAGUUGGCCGGCAGAAUUCAACAAAUACAACUGCUUAAUGGUAAUUUAAAGCCAGCCGAGCAGGACCGUCUCUGGAGUCAACUUCAAUCGGAAAUCCGUCUUCAUCGACACAAGAUGGUGAUUCGUGCAUGCAGGGCUCGACUAAACCGGCUGGCGUUAGAAGAGGAACGUGCUCGAGCAGCCAGGAUGCCUCCAUCAGGGGAAGUUCGCAGAGUUGUAAUCUACAAAGCACAUAAUGAGGGACUCGGCAUUUCAAUUACCGGUGGAAGGGAACACAGAGUCCCGAUCGUUGUGAGUGAAGUUCACCCUCAUAUGGCUGCGUGGCGUUCCGGUCAACUUUUUGUAGGAGACGCAGUUUUAGCGGUUAACGACAUUGAUAUUCGCCAGUGCCUACACGACGAGGCUGUUGAGAUAUUGAGCCGUCAGGAAGGUAGCGUCGAGCUCGAUUUACUCUGGAUAGAUGAACAUGCUGACAAGACCACGCAAGAACAAGAAGCUCGAACCGAAGCGCACGAUGCCAUGAUGAAGUACCAUUUUUUCUUGCCAAAGGAUCUGGCUGGAGGCGAUGCCGCUGAAGUACUUGAAGAAAACGGGUCAAUCGCUUCACAGGAAACCAAAUCUUCGUCACCUAAAACCGACGUGUCGGUGAAGGGCAGUGAUUCAGGUUCCCUCGACUGAGUGAGAUCUACUGCAGCCGAUUGGAGGAAGAGAUCAAGAGAAGCAGGUGUUGAUGUUAUGGCGAUGGCGCUUAUUAUGAUUUGGACACUAUUGCGACCAAAAGGAAGUGUGGACGAAACUGAAACAGAAUGACUCGCAUACACAACGCUCUUGUUGUGGCAUAUAUUGCACCACAGAAAUGUCGUGUAUUCAUUACUGCUACUAUAUGAUUAUUAUCACUAUUAUUGCUGAUUAUUAGUAGUAUUAAUUUUGCCCUUACCGCAUACCCAUAACCGCCCUGGUCUCACUGUAUCGAAAUAAUUGUAUCGGCCUUCAGACGGUCAAGGCUUGAUUAUAUGUGGGCACUACCUAUCCGUGUUCUUAAUCAUGCUGUCUUGACUAGCGCAGUAUACAGAAGACAAGGAGCUUAUUGGUUGUGUGGUAAUUUUCCACUGAAAUAGUCGCUCCAAAUCCACAGUUCGAAUCCUUUCGGACUUAUGUAGUGAACUAAUGUAAAAUUAGUUCUACAACUAGAGGACUAGUUCGCUUUACUUAAUUAUAUUUUCAUUGUUCGUUCCACUCCGCCGCUUUAUGGUGUUGAGUACGGUUGGUUCGUUAGCGUGCGUACUAUCGAACUGUCCGCUGCAACCGGAAACCGAUUAACGUAUGUGCCGGCACGGCGCGUCUCUGGAGCAUUAUAGUCCGAUAUAUAUAGAACAGUUCUUGUGAAAUAUCGUAAUGGCGUCGGGUAUGAUUGAAUAUAGUACUAUCAAAUUGACUGAAAGCAAUCUACACAGCAGAAAAAUAGGUGACGCAGCGUGUGGCGAGACAUGCCGAAUCAUGGAAAGUUUGGAAUGCAUACGAAGUUGAAGGUCAAACACGAUGUCACUGCACUUGAAGAUGGUUUCUUCCAAAAAAGAGCUUUCGAUGAGUCGGGAUGGCCUCAGCAAUGGUGACGGUCGAACUAGAGUCUGCUACGCGCAAAACAAAAUAACUGUAUGUUUUUUUGUCCAACAACAAAAAAUGCACAGUUAUUUGUGUACAUAGAGGUUGGUUGGUGUCGCCUAUUGAAGUGAAAAUCAUCCUUUGGGAUGUAACUGUAAAUAAAGAGAAAUGUUGGUGAUUGCCAGUUGAGUGCGUAUUGUUAAAUGAGUAAGCCUUAUGGCACAGUGAACAUUUAGAGGAACUUUUUAAUUCAUAGGCACUCGUAAAUAGCAUGGCAAUAUACACGUUAUUUUGAACAAGGAAGCAUGCACCCAUAAGCUUGAUCUAAAACAUAGAGGGUUAUGACCUGGCUUCCAUAGCAGGUUUGAUUACCAGCAAAAACAGCUAUUCCAGCUUCAGCUUACGAAAUACGAAGGGUGAGUUUUAGCCAGGCUUAGUAACCUUCGACCUAAAAAUUUCUACGUUUAUUAUUCCAGCUUAUCAUAUGUACCACCCGUGGCCCGAACGAGCUAGUUUUAUUAAUGUGAAGAGAAAUGUCAGUUCGUGCAUGGAGAAAAGCCUAGGACUGCUUUGAAAAUCAUCGAACUUAAUGAUCGAACGAGUAUCGUUUAAGAUAGUGGUAUCGUUAAAGUAGAGAGGAUCCGAAAUAUCUUUAUACCAUCUUCAUACGUGAAAGAGAUAUAGUAAACACUUUAAUGGGCUUUUGCUGUUAGCAAAAAAAAAUGUAUCUGCGCCGAAAGCGAAUCUUUUGGUUGGCAAAAUAAUUUAAACAUUUUUUCUCGACUACUACU